ACCAUCCAACAUGCCUGCAGUGGAAUUCCAAGCAUCUUUAUCUUUCUCCCAACAGCUGUGUUUUCUUCUUUCUUUUUCUUUUUGUUAGGUUUCUUCUCAGCAGAAUUGUUGUUUAAGCGUUUGAAAGCUAAAAUUAGCUUUACAUCUCCGUUGCUGUCUCUGCAACUUUCUCGUACUUCAAGUUCCGUAACCUUCUGAAGUAUUGUCGAGAAAGAAGACAAACUAGACCCGUGUAUAUCUGCUGCAACAUUUCUCAUCUGUUACAAUUUUAACUUGAUAACAUAUGUUUUAUGAAUGAUGAGGAGAGUAAGAUGAUCUCGAGUACAAGGGAAGCAAAGCAAGAGGGUGAAGCCAACGACGGCGGCGGCGGCGGCGGCGGCAAGUUGUCGAAGGGGCCAUCAUCAUCAUCGAGUUCAAGGCAGUGGUCUUCGUUUAGAAACCCAAGGAUUGUGAGAGUUUCGCGUUCUUCCGGAGGAAAAGAUCGGCAUAGCAAAGUUUGCACGGUAAGGGGAUUAAGGGACCGGCGAAUUAGGCUUUCGGUGCCCACGGCUAUUCAAUUAUACGAUUUGCAAGAGAGGCUCGGUGUUGGUCAGCCGAGCAAGGUGGUUGAUUGGUUACUUGAAGCUAAUAAAGAUGACAUCGAUAAACUACCUCCACUUCAAAUGCCUGUGGGAUUCAAUCAGUUUCAUCAGUCAUUGUUGGUUCCUCACGAAUUGAAUAAUCCUCCGUUUUUUGACCCGAAUUCGAUGUUGAUGAAAGAUGGUGAAGACGAAGAUCAGAGAAUUGGAGGUAAAAGAGAUAAGGGGAAAUGGAUCGAUCAUGGAAAUCAUGGUGGAAAUAUUGAAGAACAUCAUCAAAGGGUUUUCCCAUUAACCACUCAUUCCCAUUUCCUGGAUUCUUAAACAAUGGUAUGCCUUUGAAUUCAUAUUACCAUUGGGAGCCUCCAAAUCUGUCUUUGUCUCGGUUCGGACACCAUGGAUUAAUGGUGCCCCAAACCGAAAACUUCUUCAGCGGUAACACGACGAGUGCCUUGUUGCCGUCUUCGUCAUCAUCCACCGUUCCAACCACGACAAUGGCUUCCUUUUUUCCCACGUAUCCUCCAGACGGCAAUGAUUCUAGGCAAAUGAAUUAUCUGCAAUUUUUGAGCUCAAAUUUUCUAUCGAGUUCCGUCACGAUGAGUUCGAUAAAGCCUUUUCCGUUAAACGUAAACACCGGCCUCAUUCAUACACAAGAUGAUGAACACCACGGAGAUGAUCAAAAUGAUACAGAUUGCUGAUGAAGGAAUGAUUGCUUAAACUGCAUUUUAUGCAGAAAAGUUGAGAUAAUAUUACAAUAAAGGUUCUUAGUUAUAUAUAUAUCAGCCAGGAGAAGAGAUGGAGCAGUGGCAGUGAUUUUCAAUUAGUUCUUCAGGUGCAUUAAUUAAAUCCAUAAUGCAGCAGGUAAGAUGCUUAAUACUUGUGCAUUAUAGAGAGUUUUUCAUUUGGUAGUUGAUUUGUACUUUAAUCUUUUGCAUUAUAUGUAUGUCAUUGAUUCUAAUGUUUUAAUUACAUAUACAUAUAUACAUAUAUAUAUGCAUGUAUAAGCCAUGCAUGUUGAG